CCGCUUGUGGCCGACUCACUCCGCUGGAAAGGAGGUUGAAAUGACGGAUGCGGCCAUGGGAGAGAUACCCGGGGAAGGUUUAUUGACAUCUGAAGAAGCCGUGCAAGUUUAGGGAGGAAGCCACUGCCUCUUCACUUCCACCGACCCCUUCCUCUUCCUCCUCCUCCUCCGCUGGCAGAAAUUUAUAAAGAAGAAAAAAUCCGACGAGGGAGGGAGGAGGGGGGUUGAUUAUACGCCGAGGCUGAAAUCGAGAGGCGAACCCAGGGAAAGAGAGUCAUUCGUACACGGGACUUUCCCCCUCUUAAUCCCCCCGAAGGAGGGGGAAAAGUCGCAAUAUUGGACACGAAACGGAAUGCGCUUCUAACGGCGUGAAAGCGCCCGCAAUUGUGGAUACUUUAUAUAUUUUUAUUUCGAGAAAAAUAUGGCCGAGAACGUUCUGGACUCUGGCCCGCCUUCAGCCAAGAGGCCUAAGCUCUCCUCUCCGGCACUUUCCGCCUCUGCCAGCGACGGAAACGAUUUUGGCUCACUGUUUGACUUGGAGCAUGACCUGCCAGAUGAGCUGAUUAGCACUAAUGAACCAGGCCUUGUCAAUGGGGGAGAUCUCAACCAGUUGCACACCACACUGGGGGGAGGUCCCGGGGGUCUGGGUCCUGGAGGAGGAAGUGGAGGUCCAGGAGGAAUGGGAUUUGGUCUCGGUCCAGGCGGAGGUGCCGGCGGCAUUAGUGGAGGCCAGGAUGCAGUAGCCAAGCAUAAACAGCUGUCGGAGCUGCUGCGUUCAGGUGCACCUACUUCCACCCCGCAGGGGCACCAAGGAGCCAUGGGGAGCCCGGGAGGUCCCGCUGCCAUUGGGCAACACAUGGCCAAUAUGAAGGGAUGCCCUGGCCAGGCACCUCAGCAGAUAAUGGGGCAAGGACAACAGCACCUUUCUCCUCAGCAGCAGGCGAACAUGAUGCAGCAGAAUGCCGUCGCUGGAAUGAUGGGUGGCAUGAACAGAGCUAUGAUGGCAGCACAGCAGAAAGGAAAUAAUGGACAGCCGCAACCAGGCAUGAUGGGGAACCAGGUGAUGAAUGGUACUCCCAGGAUGGGCUUCGGGAACCAGGGGAUGGGUGGCAGCAGCAACCUGUUGGCUGAAACAUUACAGCAACAAGGAGGUGCGGGCCAGCCAGGCAUCAGAGGCCAACAACCUGGAGCCCUGAACAAGAUGGCAAUGAUGGGCAACCAGGGGGUUCCCUUUGGAGGUCCAUAUGCAGGGCAGGGGAACCAAGGACUGGGUGCUGCAGGGCUGGGCCCUCAACAUCAGAGCAAAGGUCCUUUGGGCAACAGCAUGGCUCAGUUUAAUGUGGACAAGAAGAGUCAGCCCAUACAAGCGAUGGCCACCAUGGGCUCCCAGCAGUCUCAGUCAGGUGUUAGCCCUUCAGUCGCACCUGUAGGAGGGGCAUCUGGCAUAGUUCCCAAUGCUCAGGGAGGUCUGGUCGGUCCUGGUACCCAGGUCUCGGCAGCCUCCGCUGCAGCUGGAGCACCGCCCACUGCUGAUCCUGAGAAGCGCAAACUGAUCCAGCAGCAGCUUGUUCUCCUGCUUCACGCCCACAAAUGUCAGCGGCGGGAGCAGGCCAAUGGCGAGCUCCGACAGUGCAACCUGCCUCACUGCCGCACCAUGAAGAAUGUCCUCAAUCACAUGACACAUUGCCAGGCUGGCAAGAAUUGUCAGGUCGCUCACUGUGCGUCAUCAAGGCAAAUCAUCUCCCACUGGAAGAACUGCACUCGACAUGACUGUCCAGUCUGCCUGCCACUGAAGAAUGCUGGAGACAAGAGGAACCCACAGUGUGAGUCUCUUCUGGGUGCAGCGGGUGCAGGUCUGGGCAGCUCCCUUGGGUCAGUCCCCGGUAGCCAACCAAGUGCUCCUAACAUCAAUCCACCGAGUCAGAUUGACCCCAGUUCUAUAGAAAGAGCCUAUGCAGCCUUGGGUCUCACCUACCAGGGGAACCAGAUCCAGGGUCAGCCUUCCCUGGCCAACAGGGCCAGACAGGGCCUUCAAGGGCAAGCUGGUAUGAGGCAGAUGAACCCAAUGGGGUCCAAUCCUAUGGGAGUUAAUGGAGGCGUGGGUGCUCCUUCCCAGAGUCAGCAAACCAACUUGCUGCAGGACACGAUGAUGCAUCUCAAUGUGAAUAACCAGGGCCUGAUGAACGAUGCCAGUGGGGUCGGCUCCAUGCCCACAGCAGCCCCUCCCUCCGCCACAGGAAUGCGGAAAAGCUGGCAUGAGGACAUCACGCAGGACCUGCGAAACCACUUGGUGCACAAACUUGUUCAAGCCAUCUUUCCAACUCCAGAUCCUGCGGCCUUAAAGGAUCGUCGAAUGGAGAACUUAGUGGCAUAUGCCAGAAAAGUUGAAGGAGAUAUGUACGAGUCUGCAAACAGCAGAGCUGAGUACUAUCACCUGUUAGCUGAGAAGAUCUAUAAAAUCCAGAAAGAGCUGGAAGAGAAGAGGAGGACCCGUCUCCAGAAGCAGGGUCUGGGUCUUGGCCCUGCUAGCAUGGGUCAACCUCCUGCUGGACUGCCUCCAAACGGCCCCCUUCCCGAUCCGUCUAUGGUACGACCCACUGGACCAAAUCAGAUGGUCAACAGGAUGCAAAGCCCAGGCAUGAAUCAGUUCAGUCAGAUGGGGAUGCAGACCAUGGGGCAGAGAUCCACUCCUCCACUGUCUGGCAAUCAGAUGGGGAUGGUUGGACCUCGGAUGGGUCAGCCUAAUGUCAACCAGCUACAGAACCAGUACAUAUCCCAGGGACAGUUUCCUGGUUCAGGACCAGGGGUCGGAACAACUCCUCCUGGGAUGGCCCAGUCUGGACCCCAGGGAAGCAUGGCACAGACACAGAUGGGCACUCCUCCCUCUCUCCCAGUUGCUAGUCCUUUGGCACAGCCAGGUUCUGCAAGCGGUCCUGGCGGAGUUUCCACAGUGGGACCCAUGGGCCCUCAGAGUGUCGGGGGUGGAGGUCCCAACUCGGCUGUUGGUGCCUCUGCCUCCUCAAUGACUCCUAAUUCAAACCAACAACCUAACUCCAUCCCCCAUUUGGGAGCCAUGCGUGGUAGUUCACCCUCGCCGGCUCACAGUCGGUCGCCUACACCUCACCAGACACCCCCGAGACUAGCAGGGUCCCAGACGCCUCAGCCGCACACCCCUAAUGCAUCGCAGCUGGUACCACCUCAAGCCUCCCAGCAGAGCCAACUGGGCCAGGGCCCUGGUUCCAACAAACCCCUCCAGCAGCCUCACGUUGGGACUGGCUCUUCUACUCCUUCUCACCCGGGACUCGGCUCAAGCUCAACACCGCAUGGUGCUCAGCUGCCACGCACUCCGUUGUCCCAAAAGGGUUCAUUCCAAGCGGACAGUCAAGCCCUGACUCCUGCCUCUGUCAACAGCGUAGACACGUCCUCCCAGCAGGCGCAGUCAGACACCACGGCUGCUGUUCCUGAGCCCAAAGUAGAGGUCAAGCAGCAGGAUGAAGCAGAGGAGAGCGAUGCUGGAAGCGUGUCCAAGGGGGGCAAGCUCAGCAACGUGAAAACAGAGGAAAUCCCUGUGAAAAUGGAGGUUAAGAAGGAGGAAUGUCCCGGUGAAGGAGGCAAAGGAGUUCCAAUGGAUACGUCAUCAACCCCGCAAACACCCGUUGUGAAAACUGAAGAUAAGAAACCAGAGGUGAAGAAGGAGGUGAAAGAGGAAGACGUGUCAUCAGAAGCAGCUGUUUCGCAAGCUCCAGCAAAAAAGAAAAUUUUCAAGCCAGAAGAGCUUCGCCAGGCUCUCAUGCCAACACUUGAGUCUCUAUACAGACAAGAGCCAGAGUCGCUACCCUUCAGGAUGCCUGUUGACCCACAGCUGCUGUGCAUACCUGACUACUUUGACAUUGUGAAGAACCCCAUGGAUUUGUCCACUAUCAAGCGGAAACUAGACACAGGUCAGUACCAGGAUCCCUGGCAGUAUGUGGAUGACAUCUGGUUGAUGUUCAACAAUGCCUGGCUGUACAACCGCAAAACAUCUCGAGUCUACAAGUGCUGCUCCAAACUGGCGGAGGUCUUUGAACAGGAGAUCGACCCGGUCAUGCAGAGCCUAGGCUACUGUUGUGGAAGAAAGUUGGAGUUUUCCCCUCAGACCCUGUGCUGCUAUGGAAAGCAGCUGUGUACUAUUCCCCGAGACGCUGCUUACUUUAGCUACCAGAACAGCUCACCAAAAUUUGGGCUUAUUGCUGACAGGUACCACUUCUGUGAGAAGUGUUUCAACGAGAUCCAGGGAGAGACUGUGUCCCUGGGCGACGACCCCACCCAGCCACAGACCUCUAUUAACAAAGAUCAGUUUGAGAAAAAGAAGAAUGACACACUGGACCCUGAACUGCUUGUUGAAUGUUUAGACUGUGGACGCAGAAUGCACCAGAUAUGCGUCCUGCACAAUGAGACAAUCUGGCCAUCAGGUUUUGUAUGCGACGGCUGCCUAAAGAAGACCAAUAAGACAAGGAGAGAGAACAAGUAUUCUGCGAAAAGGUUGCCUCAGACGAAGUUGGGCAGUUUCCUGGAGACGAGGGUGAACGACUUCCUCAAGCGCCAGAGCCACCCAGAGGCUGGUGAGGUCUUCAUCCGCAUGGUGCACGUCUCGGACAAAGUUGUGGAGGUUAAACCCGGCAUGAAAUCCAGAUUUGUGGAUAGUGGAGAGAUGUCAGAGUCUUUCCCAUAUCGGACAAAAGCCCUUUUCGCCUUUGAAGACAUUGAUGGAGCAGACGUCUGCUUCUUUGGAAUGCACGUUCAGGAGUAUGGAUCGGACUGCCCGCAACCUAAUCAGAGACGAGUUUACAUCUCCUACCUGGACAGUGUGCAUUUUUUCCGGCCACGAAGUCUAAGAACAGCUGUUUACCAUGAAAUUCUCAUUGGCUACUUGGAGUAUGCAAAGAAGUUGGGCUACACAACUGGGCAUAUCUGGGCUUGCCCACCCAGCGAGGGGGAUGACUACAUCUUCCAUUGUCACCCCGCUGAUCAGAAGAUCCCCAAGCCUAAACGGCUGCAGGAGUGGUACAAGAAGAUGUUGGACAAAGCUGUGGCAGAGCGAAUCGUGCAUGACUACAAGGACAUCUUCAAGCAGGCCACAGAGGAUCGUUUAACCAGUGCCAAGGAGUUGCCUUACUUUGAAGGUGACUUUUGGCCCAAUGUGCUGGAGGAAAGUAUUAAAGAGCUGGAGCAAGAGGAGGAAGAGCGGAAGAGGGAGGAGAACAGCACUUCCAAUGAGAGUAUUGAUGACAGUAAAGGUGACAGUAAAAAUGCAAAGAAGAAGAACAAUAAGAAGACAAGUAAGAACAAGAGCAGCUUGAGCCGAGCCAAUAAGAAGAAGCCCGGGAUGCCCAAUGUUUCCAAUGACCUUUCACAGAAACUGUAUGCCACUAUGGAAAAACACAAAGAGGUGUUCUUUGUGAUCCGGCUGAUCGCAGGCCCAAUGGCCAAUGCACUGCCCCCUAUCGUCGACCCCGAUCCACUGAUGGCAUGCGACCUCAUGGAUGGCCGUGACGCCUUCCUGACACUGGCCCGAGACAAACACCUGGAGUUCAGUUCAUUGAGGAGGUCCAAGUGGAGCUCCAUGUGCAUGUUGGUGGAGCUGCAUAAUCAAAGCCAAGACCGCUUUGUCUACACGUGCAAUCUGUGCAAACACCACGUGGAGACUCGUUUCCACUGUACCGUCUGUGAGGACUACGACCUCUGCAUCACAUGUUACAACACUAAGGGCCACGAGCACAAGAUGGAGAAGCUAGGACUCGGUUUGGAUGAUGAGAGCAGCAACCAGACAAGUACCACCACUCAGAGCCCUGGAGACUCGCGCCGCCUCAGCAUCCAGCGCUGUAUCCAGUCUCUGGUCCAUGCCUGCCAGUGUCGAAAUGCAAAUUGCUCUCUGCCGUCCUGCCAGAAGAUGAAACGUGUCGUUCAGCACACAAAAGGCUGCAAAAGAAAAACCAACGGCGGCUGCCCCAUUUGCAAACAACUCAUUGCACUGUGUUGCUACCAUGCUAAGCACUGCCAGGAGAACAAGUGCCCGGUGCCGUUCUGCUUGAACAUCAAGCACAAGCUACGUCAGCAGCAGCUGCAGCACAGGCUCCAGCAAGCCCAGAUGCUGAGGAGGAGGAUGGCCAGCAUGCAGAGAGUAGGCAAACCUGCUCCAGGAGGAGCUCCGGGGGGCAACGGCCUUCCUUCUCCAGGAGCCAACAACGGAGCAACCGGGCCUGGUACGCCCACAUCUGUCGGAACGCAGCCUCCGACGCCUCAGACACCCACCCAGGGAAACAUGCUUGCGCUCCCUCAACAGCAGGGAGUCGGGGGAAUGGGAGCAGCUGUGCAACAACAGCAGGUUCAACAACAAGGUGUCGCCAUGCCUCCUCAGCAUCAUCUCCACCAUCAGUUUCAGUCGAUGGGUGGAGGGGCUGUGAUGAACUCCCCCCAGCAGCAAAUGGUGUCUCAGCUCCAGCAACAGCAGCCGCCCAAUGUCCAGCAACAGCAACACCCGGGUGGCUUGCCGCCAUACAAUCCCAGACCUCCAGGGGCCUCUCCUCUUCACCAGUCCAUGGGCAAACCUGGACUUGGUCCAGCAACUCCACCUCAACAACAACAACAACAACAACCACCGCCACCCAACCAGGUUCAAGGAUCCAUGCCUGGGGCAACAGGCCAACAGCAAGGACCACCUUUGGCCGCCGUAGAGACUGCCUUAAAAAUCCUAGCAGAGACACAGCGGCAGAUGGCUCAGUCCCAAGCUCAGAUCAGAGGCCUGGGACCUGGGGGGAUGAUGCCCCAACAUGCUCACCACCAGAACAACCAGGCCCAGAUGGGCAUGCCCCACAUGGGAGCUCAAGGUAUUCCCCCGCAGGCUCAGGGAAUUGUAGGCCGGACUAUGUUAGACCCGCAGCAACAGGGCAUGCUUGCUGGUAUGCAGCAAGGCAGCCCCCAGUCUCAGUUGCCUCCUCAAGUUCAGCAGCACCUCCAACCGGGAGCUGGUGGGCAGCUUCCACAAGCAAACCAGCAGUGGGGUGCUGGGGGACCGGGGAUGAACCCACAGCAAAUGCCGAGCAUGAUGGGUCACAUGGCGGCGCAGCAACAGUCGGCGGUUGCUCAGCAGCAGCCGCUUGGUCAGCAGCAACCCCAGCCAGGAAACCGGGGGCUGAUGCAGGUGAUGGGCGUCGCAGGAGGAGCGGCGGGUAAUCCAGCCAUGCCAGGUGCAGGCGGAUCAGGAAACUUGCCGCAAGCGGCGCUACACGACCUUCUGAGAACGCUACGCUCCCCGAGUUCGCCCCUUCAGCAGCAACAAGUCCUCAACAUUCUGCGGUCCAACCCCACCCUCAUGGCGGCUUUCAUCCGGCAGAGAGCUGCCAGGUAUCAGGGCGCUCAAGGUUGUGCUGGAGUACAAGGCGGGCCUCUGCAAGGCCACGGAGGUGUGAGGUUCCCAGGGGCCGCUGGUGGUCCACCUGGCGUCGCUGGGCCCGGGCCCAAUCAGCUGGCCAACAUGGAUGGCCAGCAUGUUAAUGUGAACCAAGCAGGCCAGCCAGUAAUGAACAUGGCUCAGGGGGCCGCUGGAGGCGGGAAUAUGCCGACCAUGGCUCAGCUUCAGCAACUCCAACAGCAGCAACAGCGGCCGAUGUUGCCCGGGAACCUACAGCAACAGCAGAUGGCCGUCUUGCAGCAGCAGCAACAACAACAACAGCAACAAGGAGCAAUCAGAGAGAUGUUCAUCAGAAGACAACAACAACAGCAACAACAACAACAGCAGCAGAUGGCCAACCACGGACAAUUCCAGCAACCUCAAGGACUCCAACAACAGCAAGGACAGCAGGGCUUCAUGCAGCCUGGGAUGCCACCUUCCUCCCAACCUCAGCCCGGGGUAGGUGUAAGGGGUCCCCAGCAGCAGCAAGGAGGGCCUCAGGGUGGUCCGGGGCAACUGGGCCAGCAGCAAGGCUAUCCAGGGAACGUCUCUCAAGUGACUGCAGCUCUCCAGCAACGGCUACAUCAAAUGCAAAUGCACCAACAGCAACAAAACACCAUGGGUGGGCCUCAAACGCAAGACGGAGGGCCAGGCGGAGGUGGCGGCAGCGGACCAGCCAGCGCCCCGCUCCAGCCGGGGCAAGCGGUGUCGGGGCAGCAACAGCAAGGCGUACCACAGACAUCCCAAGCGAUGCUCCACCAGAACAUCCACCAGAGGCUCCUCCAGCAGCAGCACCUCGGAGGCGGCUCCCCGGCCCAGCACAGCAGUCCGAUGAGCCCCCAGCAGCAAAUGGCGCAGUCCCCGCACCCCCACCUCCAAGGACAAGGAGGACUCGGUCCGGCCGGUGCGCUCACCAACCAGGUCCGAUCGCCUCAGCCGUCGCCGCGGCCGCAGUCGCAACCUCCUCACUCCAGCCUGUCCCCACGCAUGCAGCCCUCGUCGCAGCCGCAGCCCCAGCCCUCGCCGCAUCGCAUUUCACCGCAGACCCAGACCGGAUCACCUCAUCCCAGUCACAUAGGUCAGCAUCACCCCAGUAUGGCACCGCCCCAAACGCCACAACAACAACAACAACAGCAGCAGCCGAGUGGUUCCGUGGAUCAGUUCAGUUCGGAUCAGAACUCCAUCAUGUCACAGCUGAGUGGAAUGGCGGCCAUGCACGGAAGCCAAGCGGGACAGUCGGACAUGUUGGCCGCCAAUAAUAACAACAACAACAACAACAGUAAUAACGGCAACAACAACCAGGAGCUGGCAUCGAACAUUAACCACAACACUUUGGACCUCAUGUAGCCAUCAUUCAUGCUCUGAUCCUUUUGGCCCAGACGACUAACUGCCAUGAAGUGACAGUCUGUGGGUUUAGAAGUUUUAAUUUUUUAUUUAAAUAUUUUUGUGAUGUAUACAUAAGAACUGAAGCUUCCUAUGGGAGAUGCAGCAUCAAAUCCUACACGUCAAUAAAAGAAUAAAUUAAAACAAUGGUAAGUUAUUGCUGUUAAUAUAUAUAUAUAUAUAUAUAUAUUUUUGCCAAUGUGUACAAAAAUAGUGAAAGGGCAACGUUUCAGGUGGAAUUUCUUCCAUAGUCUAUGACACAAUAUUUUUGGGGGACUGAGAAUUUUUUGCCUUUUUAUGAAUAUUUUUAAGAUUUUAAAUGUGGCUAAAAAUUACGUGAGUUGACAAGAUGUACUUUUUUCUUUUUUAAAUAUUUAGUUUCCCUCUUGAAAUACCCAGUCAUGAUUGUAUCUAUUUUGCAGAUGAUAAUAAGUAUAUUUUAUUUCUGAAUUUAUACAUUCUGUUUCUGUCAGUGCAUCAUAAAACACGCUUCAAAUUUUUUUUUUUUCAUCAGUUUUUCAGGUCUUUUUGUAGUUUUUUUUAUCAUCAUUAAAUGUUGAUGGGAGGGUUGGUUUUAAUAUUUUGCCCCUCCCCUGCUGCACUCUCCAAAGAACUGGCCAACCUUAAGAAGUGCAGUCGGUCCUAAUUAAAUUGGUGUACAUAUAUUUGUCUUCCUCUGAGUUUUUUUUUUUUUUUUUUAAUGAUUUUUAUUCGGGUUGCUGCAGAGGUUCACAGAAUUUCUGUCCGGAUGCUUUUAGUCAAUCUCUCCCACUCAUGUUAGUACUGUACAGUUAAGAAAUGUUGGAUUUAGAUACUGUAUUUUGUAAUGAAACAUGUUAAAAAAAACAAAAAAAAACAACAUUGUGUAUAUAUACUUCAAAACCCUUUCCCACCCCUUUUUUCAAUUGGAUAUUUGCUGUGUGUGUAAAGCAAAAAACAUCCAAGUACUCCCGAGCGACUGUACAGUAUUGAGAUCUUUCUUUCCUUGGAGAUUCAGUAUAAGGUGUUGGACGCCACACGCACCGAUGCGCCUUUUUUUCUGUGUUUUUUUUUUUUUUUUUGCAGAGUCAACAAAUCCCACACUUGACCAAUCUUAUAACUCGCAUGUGAAAAGCCAACAUGAGGCUCGAUUAGAUUCAGACUAGCUUUUUAUGAAGACGUGCUCACUAUUUUUCCUCAAAGGUUGCUGGGUAUGGGAAGGUGUUAGAACCAGGUGGCAAUAUAUCUUGAGACUUAUUUUAUAAAAAAAAAUUUAAAAAAACACAAGGAAAAACUGUUUUUUUAUAUAUAUAUAGAUAUAUUAUUUAAUUUUAUUUUUGGGAAAUAAAACUUGAAGCUACAAGAAUUAUUAGAUAAAUGGUUUUGUUUUGUAUUAAAGAUAUGGUGAUGCAAAACGACACUGCGGACAGUCCUUUCAUUUUGCCGUGGGAGUAUACAUUUUACCAUUCUCUUGGAAGAAAUGUUUCAUGUACAUGAAUAUAGAUGUAAACAUAGUCACUGUACAAACUGAUGGCAACUGAACAAAAUGUUUUUUAUAAUUUCCGCUCCAACAGAGAGAGAGAGAGAGAGAGAGAGAGAGAGAAAGAGACUGGAAGUAAGACUAUUUAAAUAUUUGUUAAGUAUUCAAAUGGAAUCUUUGACCACUUGUUUUUGUUCUUGUUAACGAUUUUGGUGCUUGCUGAGAGAAAGCAAAAAUAACUGUUGCUCCAUUUUCAUUAUUUUUUUUUCUAAGUUAUUUUGGUGGUCUGACUGUUUUUGCCAAUAAAUUAAUUGUACAAUAAAGUAUGUUUGUACCAUUGG